ACAAAACAAACAAUUCUGCUCACCCAGUCAAACAAUCGCAAACAAUUGCUAUCGGAAGCAGAUAACAGAACAAGUGUCCGUUGUGGGACAUAAAAUACCGAAAGAAGAUGAAAUAGAAUACCUCAGCUUAUCGGGCCUGCUCUGGUCACAGCAGUUUGUACGCCUAAUCAUAGAAGUUGUUACCAGUGCCGGUCAGUGCAUUUCACAAGCGUGCCGGUAGCAUUAUGGAUAAGAAAACAGCAUUUCUUACCGGGGAACUGCCACGGCGAAUUUUGCAAUACACCCCGGAGCUAGACGGUGAGGGAACUUUCUCCGAUGUGAAGCUAACAACGCCCGACCAUUUGGAUGGAUUUAUGUCGACCAUCCAUAAGCUAUCGUUUAAGUACGAAAGCAAGGAUGGAAGCGACUCGAGAUCGUUGCAUCUGAUGGUGAAAGUCAUGAAAGGAAGUGAUGCGUUCCGUGAAUCUUCCAUGGGUAAGACACAAUUCACGAAUGAAAUCUACAUCUACACGAAGGUGCUGCCCGUGUUCCAAGAAUUGCUGGACUCGACCGGGAGCGGUCUUGCCGGGAACUGGUGUCCGAAGGUGUACUACGGAGAAGCAGGCAUCUUUCCCUUGUACAGCGAUCAGUAUGAAACUAUUCUCGUGCUGGAAGACAUUUCCCCACUGGGUUACAAAGCGGGCCCACGGUUGGAUCUGGACGAAGACCAUCUGCGGCUGAUGGCACGUCACAUCGCAUCGUUUCUAUGCGCAUCCAAAAGGACGAACGCCUAUCGUCACUGAUUGACGGAAUUGAUCCGCUUGACUUUAUUUCCGGCGAUAAAAUCUUCACCAGCUACGAUGUGUUGCUAAGGUUGGGUGCGAAACGGUUGUACAAGUAUCUGGAAGCUCACCCCGACCAGCUGGACAGCGAUAGUUUCAGGCAGGACAUCGAAAAUAUGCGCCAACGUUACGAGGAAACUCCAAUACGCCUGAUGCAGGACUUGCUGCGCCGGGAUGAUGUGUUCUCGGUCAUCCUACACGGCGACUAUAACCGCAAUAAUGUGCUGUUCCAGACCGAUGCGGAUGGAAAACCGAUAGCACUGAAGAUGUUUGACUUUCAGGAGAAUCGAUUCGCUACCCCAGUGAUCGAUUUGGCGUUCUUCAUGUACAUGAGCAUGACGGAGGAGCUGCGCGAUCGAUGUUGGGAUGCGAUCGUGCUAGAAUACCAUGCAGCGCUGCUGGAUAGUCUAGCGGCAAUUCUGAAGGUACCGAAGGAAGAUGCUUCAUUGGAUCCUUACCGUCUUGAGCCAUUCCUGGAACACUUUAAGCGACAUGCAAUGUACGGGGUAAUCGUGACGCUACACUUUCUGCCCUGGAUGAUGUGUCCGAAGGAUGAAUGUGAGCAAUUGUCGUAUCAUUUUUCGCGAGAUGUACACUCGAAGGAGUUGGCCCACUGGACGUUGGUGUGCGGGGGUGAGGAGGUAGACAAGCGGUUGGUUGGUGUGCUGAAACAUGCCAGCCGCAAAGGAUAUUUUGAUAUAGUGAAGCAGCAGUAGUGACGAAUGUGACAAGACGCUAGGACCGCAAAACGAAUUUAACGGCCGAGAGGGUUUGAGGCAUCCUUUGAUGAAUGGUUAUUUUUUUAUUUUUAAGCACAGCCAAGCUGAAGUUAAAAAUUUUAUUUGCUAUCAAAAGAUAUUGUAUUAUCUGCCUGUUUCCAAGCCUGGAUCUUGAAAUGCUCAUAGGAGAAACGCAUUCAAGUGUAUUCCCGAUUUAUUUCUAAUCAAAGUAGCCUUAUAAAGUGGGUAGUCAACAAAUCCUUUGUGAACUGAUGAGAAGGAGCUAAAUUUAAUCGGUGAGAAAGUAAAAUAAAUUUAAAAAAAUCGAAAAAUGGUAAAUAAAUAAUACAUCCUUAAGAAAAGAAACUUUACAAAAGGAAAAUAAAUUUUAAACUUGUAUAAUGUAGCCUCGGCAGCAUAACCGUGAAACCCUGUCCAUCCACAUCGGACAGGCUGGUGUUCAGAUAGGCGAAGCAAUCUGGAAACAGUACGGCCUGGAGCCUGUUAUCUGCCUGUUUCCAAGCCUGGAUCUUGAAAUGCUCAUAGGAGAAACGCAUUCAAGUGUAUUCCCGAUUUAUUUCUAAUCAAAGUAGCCUUAUAAAGUGGGUAGUCAACAAAUCCUUUGUGAACUGAUGAGAAGGAGCUAAAUUUAAUCGGUGAGAAAGUAAAAUAAAUU